AUGGGUCUCCCCGCGACCGCUGAAGGUCGCGAUGACGGCAAAAUUAUCGACCGAACUAUAAUCGGGGAGGAAUCACACAGCUCGCAAAAUGAGAAAUCGGAGACACGCGAGGACAAUGGCGACGGGUCAUCAUAUGAUCCUGAAUCACCUCCCAGAUUGGACGGCUCCCAUGGGGGCGACAUGCUCGACGAUGAGAAGGAAUUGGAACUGCACCCCGACAUGAUCACGGAGGGUGCCGAGUUAGGUCAGCAGAAGGCGGAAGCAGCAGCGCUCGCAUGGAGCUGGCCAGCUUUGGUUGGAAUAUAUGCUUGGAUCUGGAUCUGCACAUUUAUGUUGGCGUUCCACUCGAAUAUAAGCGGCUUCCUAAUCAACUACAUUCAGGGAGGGUUCAAGUCCGCACCGCAGGUCUCAACAUCCUAUAUCCUCGCGAAUAUCGUGGGCGGCGUUCUUAAGCUGCCGCUUGGUAAGACCUUGAACUUGUGGGGUCGUGCUGAGGCUCUGGUGGUCUCGACCAGCAUUUACCUUCUUGGUAUGAUCAUCCUCACUGCAUGCAAUGGUCCCAAUGGAUAUGCUGCCGGCUACGUGCUGUAUUGGAUUGGUUACUACUGCCUAUACCUGAUCUUGAAUGUUUUCGUCGCCGAUACCUCGGGUCUAAAGAACCGAGCGUUCGCCUUCGGCUUUAUGCAGACUCCAUUUAUCUGUACUGCAUUCACGGGCAGCAUUGCAGCAAACUCGAUAUACGCCAAUUUCGGGUGGCGCUGGGGUUAUGGCAUCUUCUGCAUCGUGAUGCCGUUUGUGUUCUUGCCCCUCGCCAUGGCUUUCAAGUACUUUGAGAAAAAGGCACAGAAAAACGGCAUCUUCCGACGACAGCCCAGUGGUCGCACGGUUGGACAGUCUAUCAUUCACUAUAUCCAUGAAUUUGAUGUCAUUGGCGCUUUCUUGCUAAUGAGUGGUUGGGUAAUGUUCCUCCUGUCAUUCAGUUUGGCGCAAUAUGGCCGCUCUACGUAUGCGAGCGCAAAGUUUAUUGCUCUCAUCAUCGUCGGUGUCUUCAUGCUGUUCGUCUUUGCAGCAUGGGAGAAAUGGGGCGCACGAACCCACUUUAUCCGCUACGAGUUGAUCAAGCGGCCGACCAUUCUAGGCGCAUGUAUACUGGCUGCCGUGCUGUUUUUCAGUUUCGAACUCUGGGAUCAGUACUUCUACAACUACGUCUUGAUAUCCUACGAUAUUUCCGCAGUCCAUGCAAAUUAUAUGAUCCAGAUUUACAACGUCGGCUCUUGCUUCUUCUCUCCCGUCAUCGGAGCUAUAAUCUGGGCCACUGCACGCUUCAAAUACAUCUGCCUGUUCUUCGGAGCCCCGCUCAUGAUCCUCGGCUCCGGCCUGAUGAUUUACUUCCGUGGCGCAGACCACGGCAUUGGCUACGUUGUUAUGUGUCAGAUAUUCAUCGCCUUCGCCGGCGGCACCCUCGUCAUUGGCGAAGACAUGGCUGUUAUGGCGGCAGGUGGCCGCGAGGGAACUCCGAUGAUGCUGGCCCUCAUCGGAUUGUUCUCGAAUAUCGGCGGCGCGAUUGGCCUGGCUGUUGGUGCCGCUAUAUACAACAAUGUCUUUGUCAAUACCCUCGCGAAACACUUGCCCGACGACUUGAAGUCUAAUGCUACCGAGAUCUACUUGAAUGGUAUCACUGUGCAGUCAACCUACCCAUGGGGAACCCCUCUUCGCGAAGCUGUCGCCUAUACGUGGGGCUAUGCCCAGCGUCUGAAUUGCAUUGCUUCUACUGCCGUCUUGGCUUUGACCAUUCCUUGCAUUCUGGUCUGGAAGAACUACGACGUUAACCUGAAGCAGAACAAGGGUAAGAUGAUCUUCUAG